AUCAAGGUUGAGGCUCUUCCGCGGAUUGCCGGUUUCUGAAGAGGUCGAAUGCCUCCAUGGCGAGUAUAAAGUGCGCCUUCGUCCUGGAUGGUGAUACCUCUUGCUCUCUUUUGUCCCCACGCUCGCAUCUUCAGACGACGACCUCUUCCCUUCCUCUUUCCCAACUUUUCACAUUACGCUUCUCAAGCCCGCCGGCCGGACAAAAAUAUCUUCACUCUUCCAACCGUUUUUUUGAUCUUCCAUCUUUUCUUCCUCCCUACCGCCAAAAUGAAGUUCACUCUUGCCUCGGUCCUGGCCCUCGUCGCCGUUGUCUCCGCCGCCACCGUGGAGACCCCUGAGCAGGGUGUCGAGCGCCGUGAGGUCCGCCUCAUGGAGCGCCAGGGCGCCAACGCCAACCGCCCUGUCCCCAACGGUGCUUGCUGCGUUGCCAACACGUCCCUCAAGCAGGACGUGUGCCGCGUCAACGGCCAGAACGGACGUUGCGUGCCCGCCGGUGUCAACAACUGUGGCACGCGCCUCACCUGCAUCGAGGACAACAGGCUUACCUGCAACGCCGCCGUGCUCGAGCGUGGCCGUCCUCUGUGCCGCCUUCGUCAGUAAAUGGAAGGAUGAUCAAACAAGCACUUUUUACAUUGGAAGAACACUGGAAAGGAAGCGUAAUGUUUUUAUCACUUGGGAAAGGGGGAUAGAGGCUGCGGGUGGCCCUUGGACUUUUUCUUGGUUUCUUGAGAAACAGGACUCGGAAACGUUUGGAGACGGGGGAGCGCGGCCCGGAUGGCGUUCAGCCGGCGCGAACGUCUUGCCCGGGUUGCGGUCCUCUUCAUGAUGUGUUGGCCCGGCUGCUAUUUUUGACAAUUAUACCCAGCCAUGCAUGUCCCCGACAUGCAGGUUCGCAUCAUUCAAUUCUUUAAGGAUAACUUCCGUUUGUGCCAGAUUAUGUGAUGGGGGGUGUCGGGUCUGUUAUCCGGUAAGAGAUGGACGUCCGUGAGAACCACGAACCGGUUGCUGACUAGUAGGUACCGCAACCGCAAAUAAACUCCAAUCAUCAGAGCACGCUGGUAGGACCGUUUUCUGUCUCGGGUUGGGUACGGCUGCAUCUGUCCGACUGGCGGGUCGUCGGAAAGUGUCGGUCGCUUGUCGUCGCGUCUUUGCCAGUCACGAUGUCGCAAAGAGAGAAAGCUGCCUCGAGCUGAACAACACAUGGUCAGGACGUAGCUCAGCCCGACCCACCUGGAG